AUGGAUAAAGAAUUUAAGGAGGCACAUUAUAUUGCUGCAAAAGAAAGAUUUGAGUCAAUUAGUCAUUUCAACAUAAAUGAUAAAUCACUUCAAAAAAUAAAAAAUCUACCAUUUUGUAGAAAAGUUGGUGAUACAAAUUUUCCAAUUUAUGCAGAUAAUAUUUCUGUUGAAACUACUAAAAAUAUGAUAUUAAGAGAUGAUGACAUCAUUGUUUCAUCAUAUCCAAAAUGUGGAAGUACAUGGGUUCGUCAAAUUGUUCUCCAACUUGUCGAUAAAGAUUAUUGGGAACGUGGUGUUCCACAAUAUUUGAUUUCACCAACAAUUGAAUGUUUUGGUUCAAGUGUCCUAGAUUUGUACCCAUCACCAAGAAUUAUGAAAACUCAUUUCAAUUUAAAUGAUUGUCCUAAAAGUGAUAUUUCAAAAUACAUUUACGUUGUUCGUAAUCCAAAAGAUGUAAUUGCUAGUUAUUACAAUCAUAUGAAAAAUUUAAGUUGUUAUGAUUUUAAAGAUGGUAAAUUUAAUGAUUUUUUCAAUUUAUUUAUCUCACCUGAAAUGGAAUGGGGAAAAUAUUUUGACAAUGUCAAAUCAUGGAUUCCAUUCAUUGACAAACCUAAUGUACUUUUUUUGAUUUAUGAAGAUCUUUGUAAAGAUUUACCAACAAAUAUUAAAAAAAUAACAUCAUUUAUUGGUGGGGAUGUUGGUAGAAAAUAUGAAAAUUCUACUGAAAUAGAAAAAAUAAUUAAACGUAGUUCUAUUGACUUUAUGAAAGCAAAUAAUAAUCGUUUCACAGAAGAUGACAAUCAAAAAACUCCAACUUUUAUUAGAAAAGGUGGAUCUAGAGAUUGGAAAAAUUAUCUUUCAAAAGAACAAUCAGACAUAAUUGAUGAACUUUUUAAUGAAUAUUUUAAAGGAACAAAACUUGAAUCAUUAUGGAAAGAAGAGAUGAAAUUUUAA